UAUUUUUUAACACUUUCUAACUAAUAUAUUUAAAAAAAUAAUUUUCUCAACAGCAGUUUCAACAGAAAUGCUAAACAGACCCUAAAUUAAUAGCCCUUAAACUCUAUUUUUUAGCUAAAUAGUCCCUAAAUAGAUUGAUAGAAAUGUAAUGUUUUCCUUAUGAUUACACUAGACUUAGUGUGUUGAUCAUUGAAAAAUAACGUGUUCAUCAUUGAAAGCUAUGUUUAAUCUGUUUACAUUUCAGAAUAUAUUCAAUUUAUAACAUACACUAUCUCUUGAGUCUUCACCUCUUUCUUAUACAGUGUUCAUCAAUUGAUUUCCAACUAUGUAUAUAGUUUCAAAUCUCUACUAAUUUAGUUCUGCAGGUAUAAUGAGCAGCGGAUGAAAUGAUGAGAACUUCAAAGAUUUCAUUGGGGACUUCAGAUUAUCGUCUAUGGAUUCUUGCUUUGGCAAUCCUGAGUGUUGUGUUAUUGAUGGCUGUGAGGCGAUCAUGGUUUCAAGAUGAGUUGUUUUCUGCUCCAAUAAGGGAAGAUUUUCACCUCCCAUUGAGCUUGCCUUCAAAAGGGUAUGGCUACCCUCCGAUUCUUGCUUACUGGAUUUGUGGGACUAGUGGAGAUAGCAAGAGAAUGCUACGAUUGUUGAAAGCUAUUUAUCAUCCAAGAAACCAGUAUCUGCUGCAACUUGAUGCUGAUUCAUCUGAUUAUGAAAGGGUAGAUUUAGUAGUUUCGAUUCAAUCCCAGAAUUUGUUUAGAAGUUUUGGAAAUGUUAAUGUUGUUGGAAAAAGUUAUGGUGUUAACAGGAUUGGAUCAUCAGCACUUGCUGCCACACUUCAUGCUGCUGCACUGCUUCUCAAGCUAAAUCAAGAUUGGGAUUGGUUCAUCAAUUUAAGCCCUGCUGAUUAUCCCAUAAUGAGUCAAGAUGAUCUUCUCCAUGUCUUCACUUCCUUACCAAGGGAGCUCAACUUCAUACAUUUUUCAAAUGAAAGUGAAUGGAAAGAGAAACGAAGGAUAGAACAAAUUGUUAUAGAUCCCAGCUUGUAUCUUCAAAAGAGUAGUGACCUUUUCUAUACCGUAGAGACACGAACUCCAGAUGCUUUCAAGAUCUUUGAAGGUUCACCCUGGCUGAUUCUUACAAGAGAUUUGAUGGAGUAUUGUGUCAAAGGAUGGGACAACCUUCCAAGAAAACUGAUAAUGUAUUUCAGCAAUGUAGCAUACCCAAUUGAAUUCUACUUCCACACAGUCAUUUGCAACUCUCCAGAGUUUCAGAACACAACAGUAAACACUGAAUUAAGGUACAAUAUUUUGGAAGAUCCAAACUUUAACAAGAUACUAGAUGGUGGAGCAGCAGCAGCAUUUGCAAGACCAUUUAAGGAAGGGGAUUCAGAGCUUAACAGGAUUGAUAAGAUGAUCUUAAACCGCCUGCCUGAUGGAGUGGUGCCUGGAAAUUGGUGCUUAAGCCAAGGUAUGAAUGUGAAUUACAGAGAGUCUAAGAAUUGGAAGUUAUGCUUAACUUGGAGCAAUAUUGAUUAUGUAAAGCCAGGGCCUUUUGCUUUGAAGCUUGCAUUGUCUUUUUCAGAGCUACAAAUUGAUGGCAAAAUAAGAACGAACCAUCACUGCCACCAGUAGUUUAGUAUCUGUAAUAUUACCUCAAACAUUAAUACAUUACGUUAGUGGAAAGUUUUUAUACAAAUUAAAAACACAAAUUUAUUU